AUGACUAAUCAACCGGGUCACCAGCAAAACCCUCACAGGACUGGCUCUUUACUCUCAUUCAAGAAGUUGGGGAAGAAGUUGUUAACUGGCAAGGGCCAUGUCGAGGACAGUGAAGCCGAAAAUGUGGGCAAAAAACCUAAUACACAUCAUUUAUCCGGUUCGAGGCCUAAAUCUUCGUCGCCCAGCGGUCAUCUGAGAUCGUCUCUACCGUUUCAUAGAAAUAAGUCGACUGCCAAUGUGAAUAGUGGACACGCCGUGUUAGCGUCGCCCCGGUCUUCGGCUUCAAUCAGCAAUAUGGUCGCUCAUAGUCAUAAUCCGUUUACUGCGCUGCAUGCGUCCGACGUGCUGGGCACCGGCACUGGAAUUGCAUCUCCCAGAGGCAACGGGACACACCAUUCGAUCCACCGUAAAGGCUCGAACAAUUUUCCAAAUCACCUGCUGAGUAACGAGAAUAUCAUUUACAACCCGUAUGGUUUGAAUUCGCCGAAGAACAUGGGACCUGGUGGCAGCAGGCCCGGUACGGCGAAUGCAUCCAGCGAGAACGUCGACUUCAGUUUUUAUCUGCAUGACGGUAAUACCAAGAUCAGAAUGCUGCCGCUACCGAUUGCGGAUCCGAACGAUUAUCUGCCAGAGGAGAUGAAGCAAGUGAGCAUCCACUUGAGUGACAAUUUUGUUUUUGACAGCGAGAACAAGGCGUUGGGCUCAGGUGGCUCAAGCGAGGUGAGGAAGGUAAGGUCUGCCUAUCGACAGAAGGACGUGUAUGCAUUGAAGAAGCUGAACAUGAUUUACGAUGAGACCGCGGAGAAGUUCUACAAGAGGUGUUCCAAGGAGUUUAUCAUCGCGAAGCAUCUGAGCCGAAGUAUCCACAUAACCAAUACCUACUAUCUGGUCAAAGUACCCACCACAACGUACACAACCAGAGGCUGGGGCUUCAUCAUGGAGAUCUGCGUCAAGGAUCUGUUCCAGCUCAUGGAGCGCUCCGGCUGGAGAUCCGUGCCGCUGGCCGAGAAGUUCUGUCUAUUCAAGCAGGUGGCGCAGGGUGUCAAGUUCUGCCACGACAACGGCAUAGCGCAUCGCGACUUGAAGCCCGAGAACGUGCUGAUGUCCCGAGACGGCGUGUGCAAACUGACCGAUUUCGGCAUCUCGGACUGGUACCACGUCGAGCCGCACAACUUCGACAGCCCCGUGAAGGAAUGCGAGGGCAUGAUCGGCUCGCCGCCAUACACGCCGCCCGAGGUGAUGGUGUAUGACUCCAAGAAACACUACCCCGAGAGCGCCCAGAAACCAUACAACCCGCUCAAGAUGGACUCGUACGCGCUCGGCAUGAUCCUGAUAGCUCUCGUCAACAACACGCUGCCGUUCUUCGAGUCGUGUAACACGGACGCGCGGUUCCGAGAGUACGAACUCUCCUACGACAACUACAUGAACCACCAGAACCCGCAUUUCAGAGACAAGGGCUACUACAAGCCGGGCCCCGGCGCAGAGUACACCCUGGCGAGGAACUUCAAGAGCACAGACGCCUCGCGAGUCGCCUGGCGCCUCGCAGACCCGAACCCAGACACCCGCUACACCAUCCAAGACCUGUACGCGGACCCCUGGUUCCAGAGCCUCGAGACCUGCGUCGAUCCCUGCGACGACCAUCUUUUCAAGGCGCCCGAGAUCCGCAAAACCUCCUCCGACAGCGGCUCCGGCUUCUACAUAAGCGAACAGCCCUCCAAGGAAGAGCUCGACCAGCCCGCCGACCCGACGCUCCAGCACACCUCCAACCCGUUCUCCGCCGCAAAGCCCAAACCACGCUCCAUGGUCGACAUCGCCCAGUCGCCCGCCAUCCCCAAGCCCGACGUCGCUGCCAAGGUGCCCUCGCGCGUCGCCGAGGACUCCGACGAGAACGACUCGCACCACGACGCCGACCCGCCGCGCAGAGAACUGCAGAACCUCUCGCUCGACAACACCGGCUCCUCCGCCGCCUCGCUCAGAAGCCAGACCAGCGGCGCGAGCCACCCAAGACCCAAGACAAAACGCAAACGACUCAUCCACAACCACAUGGACGCCCCAACCACCCUGAACUCCUCCUCGUCGACCAGAUCCUUCUCCUAG